AUGAGCGGCAGGCUCGCCACUGCACGUCUCGCCACGCUUGCGCGCCGGACAGCACUGCACGCACCACGCCGCUACACCACCCACUCGCUGCCCGCCGGCGGCCUGCUACGCACCGAAGCGGGCCUCCGCCUCAUAAAACGCCGCCCAUGGCCCCUUGGAAGCUAUGCGCUGCACAAUCUGCCGGCCACGCGCUCCAUCUCCUUUGCACGCGUCGUGCCUAAGCUCGUCACCAAGCUCGCGACCGCUGGUGCAGCUGCGGGCGGCGCCGUCAUUGCCGGGGUCUCGUACAUCCAAUACCAGGCAGGCCAGGCAGGCAGCUUUGCCAUCGACCUCUUUGGCCGCGCCAAGGAAGGCGUAAGCUACGUCGCAGGCGGCGCGCUUGGAUCCGUCAACGGCUUCUUCGACCAGAUCGACCAGGGCUGGCGCAAGACCAAGGAUGACCUGGAAAAGGCAGAAUACCCCGAAUGGCUGCAGAGCCUCCUGGCCAACGGCGAUUCGGCCGGAGCUGGAGGCAGCCAUGUCGGUGGACAAGGGCCCGAGGGCCCAAAGAAGAGUGGCGCUGGCACUGCAGCGGCAGGCGCUUCGACCGCAGCAGCUUUCGGCUACGCCCAGGACGACGACGACCAGGCCGACAAGCACGAGGCCGAGAAGAUUGCACGCGACGAGCAGAUGAUGAUGCUCACCAAAAAGAUGAUUGAGAUCCGAGGCCUGCUGCAGACCGUGGGCCAGUCGGAAUCGCUAACACUGCCGUCCAUUGUCGUCAUUGGGUCGCAGUCUUCGGGCAAGAGCUCUGUCCUCGAGGCCAUUGUCGGACACGAGUUUCUACCCAAGGGACACAACAUGGUCACCCGACGCCCCAUUGAGCUCACGCUCGUCAACACCCCCGAUGCGCAAGCCGAGUACGGAGAGUUCCCUGCGCUUGGGCUGGGGAAGGUCACAGACUUCAACCAGAUCCAGAGAACACUCACCGAUCUCAACUUAGCUGUGCCUGCGUCUGACUGCGUGUCAGACGACCCUAUCCAGCUGCGCAUCUACUCGCCCAACGUGCCAGACCUCUCGUUGAUCGAUCUGCCGGGAUACAUUCAGGUCGUAGGCCGAGACCAGCCUCCACAGCUCAAGGAGCGCAUUUCGCAGCUGUGUGAAAAGUACAUCAGGUCGCCCAACGUCAUCCUUGCCAUUUCGGCAGCCGAUGUAGACUUGGCAAACAGCACAGCGUUGCGAGCCUCCAGAAAGGUCGAUCCGCGCGGCGAGAGGACCAUUGGUGUCAUUACAAAGAUGGACCUUGUCGACCCCCAACGCGCUGUCAGCUUGCUCAGUGACAAGAAGUACGCGCUACGACUCGGCUAUGUCGGCGUGGUAUGCCGCGUGCCAGCUGGCGCAGGCGGUGGUAAGCUGUUCCACCGCGGCAAUGGCAACAUCCAAAACGCGAUUGCAAAGAACGAGAACGCUUACUUCAAUGCACACGCCGAGUUUGCGCCCGAGUCACAGCUAGAUGUCGGCACUAGAAGCCUCAAGAAGAAGCUCAUGCACGUGCUCGAGCAGACAAUGGCAGCCAGUCUGAAAACAACGAGUGAAGCCAUUCAGCGAGAGCUGGCUGAAGCUACAUACGAAUUCAAGGUUCAAUACAACGAGCGCCCCUUGAGUGCCGAAUCAUACCUCGCCGAGUCGCUAGACGGAUUCAAACACUCUUUCCGCGGCUUCACCGAGUCGUUCGGGCGACGCGAGGUCCGCGAACUUCUCAAGCACGAGCUAGACCAGCAAGUCCUCAACCUGCUGGCUCAACGCUAUUGGAACCGCCCAUUUGACGACCUCAGCCCACCCUUCCCCGAAACUGACCCCCUCAGCAGUCUUGCAACGGCCGAUCCCGAAGGGGAAGAUUCAAUCUGGAAGAUCAAGCUAGACAGCUCCAGCGCCGCGUUGACCAAACUCGGUGUCGGACGUCUCGCAACCAGUGUUAUCGCAAACGCACUCCAAGCACACGUCGAGCACCUAAUUGUCAACUCCCGCUUCGCCGGGCAUCCCUUUGCACGACAAGCCAUCACCGAGGCAUCGACGUCCAUUCUCAAGGACCUGUCCUACGACAUCUCGGAUGAGUUGGAGAUCUGCAUCAAGCCGUACAAGUACCGCAUCGACCUCGAAGAUAGCGAAUGGGCCAAGGGUCGCGAGAAUGUCACCGCUGUCUUGAAAGAGGAGCUCAAGGUUGCUGAGGCUGCAAGCAAGCGACUUGAAGAGAUGGUGGGCGGCCGUAAGAAAGUCAAGGACGUAAUGUCUUUCAUCGACCGUGUGCGCAGCGGCCAAGUCGUCCUCGAAGGUGACGGCGUUGGCGGCGCCGGUGGGUUUAGCCAGGCGUUGUUGUCGAGGGGCCGUGAAGCAGUCUUCCUGCGCGACCGCGUUGACGUCCUCAAGCUGCGCAUCCUCGCCGUCAAGUCAAAGCAAUGCGCAACCAAGAAAAAUAAGUACCACUGCCCUGAGGUCUUCCUCGACGCCGUCGCCGAUAAACUUACCACCACCGCUGAUCUUUUUCUUGACGCCGAGCUGCUCUCCAAGUUUUACUACCAGCUUCCCCGUGAACUCGACGCUCGUCUGGGGCGUGGCUUGUCACAGGACGAAAUCGACCGCUUUGCACGCGAGGACCCCAAGAUCAAACGUCACCUCGAUGUCGUGAGGAGGAAGGACCUGCUCGAGCACGUGCUCAAGGAGAUGGAGGGGCUGCGGCAGCUGGAGGCGAGGGAGAAGAGACUGAUGUCGAGGAGAGACGAGAACAGAGAGAGGAGGAAACAAGGCGGCGGGUGGAGUCUGUUCUGA